AUGAGUUAACUGAAGAAAUUAAAUCAGCAGGUUAAAUAAGUGAAAUGCAUAACACUAUCCGCUAAUUAAUCUCAUCAUUCUCAUCAGUCAUCUGUGAAAACAUUACCAAAACCAAUAGCAUCACGGCCUGUAACUUCGAUUACUAAGAAUAAUAAUAAAGUGGAAGCUGUGAAAAUAGAUUUAGUCAAAUAGAAAAAGCAAAUAACAAAUAUUAGUGUGACAAGAUCUACAUCUUCUGCUCGUACUAGAUCUGCUUCAAAUGGACCAAAAGAAGAAAAAAUUCCAAGAAUUUUAGGAGACUUAUUAGGUCCUGAAGUUGAAUUAGCAGAUUGUUAAGAUUUCUUAUUGUAAUUAAAUGAACCACAAUUAAAGAUGGAUGAAGAUUUAAUGAAGGAACGUGUGAUUUUGGCUAAUAGGAUAGCAAAUACAAUAAAGAUGAAAAAAAGAAUACCAACAACUACAGCAGAUUAUUAUAAGGUUUAUUAUGUAGACUUAAAAUAGGUAGCUGUGUUCUGUUAUAGGGAAAGGCGCUUUUGCUAAAGUUUGUUUAGGAAUACAGAUUUUGACAGGAGUAAAAGUAGCUAUGAAGAUUAUUGAGAAAUCUAGUCUUAAAAAUGAAAGUGCUAAAAAAAGAUUAAUGCAAGAAAUCACUUUAAUGAAACUCUUAUAACCAUAUAAAUGUUGUAUUCGUUUAUAUGAAGUUUUUGAAACUAAAAGAUAAAUAUAUUUAAUUAUGGAAUAUGUUGAAGGAGGAGAUUUAAUCAAAUUUACUAAAGAAAAACCAUUAUCUGAAUAAAUGGCUAAAAAUAUUUUUGGAUAAUUAAUAUUAGCACUUUAAAUAUUGCAAAAUCAUAAUAUUUUACAUAGAGAUAUUAAAUUAGAUAAUAUUUUAUUAUAAGGAGAAUAAAUUAAGUUAUGUGAUUUUGGAGUAAGUAGAUAAAUUGUAAAAGGAUAAAAAAUAUUAGAAUAGUGUGGAACUCCUGCUUAUUUAGCACCUGAAAUUAUGACAUAAAAAACUGGAUAUGAAGGUUUUGCUAGUGAUAUUUGGAGUUCAGGAGUUCUUCUAUAUAUUUUAUUAGUUGGUAAAACACCAUUCAAGGGAAAUAAUAUGAAUGAAUUAAAUUAAUAGAUUUAGAGUGGAUUAUUAAAUUUUAUGGAAAUUAAAAAAGCAAAUCUUUCAAAUGAAGCAGUAGAUUUAAUGAAAUCUAUUUUAAAUAUCAAUCCAAAAUUGAGAUUUACAUUACAAGAAAUCAUGAAACAUAUUUGGAUGAAAGAUAUUGAUUUUAAAUAAAUAAAAUAAUAAACUAAUUCAAAUUUAGAUUUAAGAAUUAUAUGUUAAGUAUAUUAAUAAUUGUUAUCUAAUUUAGAUUGAAUAAUAUGGUUACUAAAGAGAAGUUAUAAUCAAAACUUUAUAAAACAAGACAUUAAGCCAUAUAUCAGCACUUUAUUGGGCUUUAUAUUAGUGA